CUUUGCAGCGACGGCUAUUGGCGUAAAAGAAGCGUCGAUCACUACAACUCGCAAUACUAUUGGUCAAUAUUGGCACACAGGAAGGCAGCACCUGUAAAAGAAGCCGAAGUUGAACUUCGUGGUCUUCUUAGCUUCGUGCAAGGCGACGUCAUAUGGGAAAUAAUACUUAACCUGACAGUUAAAGUUUCUGCAGUCCCCUUCAGCCUGUUACCCACUACUCUCUACCUCACCUUUGGACUAUUAAAGCAACAAGAUGGCGAACAUUGGCAGGCUCUCCACCAAGGAUGCAGUGCUUUUCCUGUGCGACAUGCAGGAGAAGUUUAGACCCAACAUCUUCCAGUUCACCAACAUUGUCAGCAAUGCAGCCAGGCUGCUCCAGGCCAGUCGUAUCCUGGGCAUCCCCCCCAUUUUGACAGAGCAAUAUCCUAAAGGUCUCGGGCCCACAGUACCGGAGCUGGGAGCUGAGGACCUAAAGGCCCAUGCUAAAACUUCAUUCACCAUGAUGAUAGAGGAGGUGCAGAAGGAGCUGGAGGCCCUGGGGAACCCCAAACAAGCCAUACUGUGUGGAAUAGAGGCUCACGCCUGUAUCGCUUGCACAGCUUUUGAUCUGCUCGAGAAGGGGAUAGAGGUUCAUAUUGUAGCUGACGCCGUGUCAUCCAGAAGCCAAACGGAUCGUUUGUUUGCUCUGUCACGACUGAAGCAGAGUGGAGCGUACCUCACCACCACAGAGGCCGUUCUGCUGCAGCUGGUUCAAGAUGCCAAACACCCCAACUUCAAGGAGAUCCAGAAGCUUCUGGCGCAUCCGUCUCCUGACACCGGCCUUCUCGCUUUCUUCAGCGCUCUGUAAAGAGACCCAUGUCCUGUCAAUGUGUCCCACUGUAAAGAGCUGUACCAAUAAAGCGAUGUUGUUACUUUAAA